CAAAAUAAAGUAUAAACAAAGCUGUUUAUUAUCAACUUGUUGUCAUUUAAAUUGCAUUUCUGGAGGGAAUCAUGACCGACCGCGUGUCCCACCCCACCUACGUGAUUCUGGGCUCCGGCGGCCACACGGCGGAGAUGUGCCGACUGACCCAGGCUCUGCUGCAGCAGGCCGACGUCAAGCAGGCGAAGAAAUACCAGCCCAUGCGCCUGAUCCUGGCCAGCAGUGACUCCACCUCCGAGCACCAGUUCAGGCAGGCCCUGCCGCAGGCAUCCCGGUCGGCGGAAUCGGUCAAGGUGCCGCGUAGCCGCAGCGUGGGCCAAUCCUGGCUGAGCACCAUCUUCACCAGCCUGUGGGCGCUAAUCUGGAGCUGCUACCUGGUGUGGCGAGACCGGCCGCAGCUAAUUCUCUGCAACGGACCCGGCACCUGUGUGCCCUUCUGCUACGCAGCCUAUUUGUGGCGCCUCCUCGGACGCCUGCCCUCGCACUCCAGGAUCGUCUUUGUUGAGAGCUUCUGCCGCGUGGAGACGCUCUCCUUGAGCGGACGCCUGCUCCUGCCACUGACGGAUCUCUUCGUAGUCCACUGGCCGGCCCUAGCCACCCGCUACGCGGAUAAAAAGAACCUGCGAUAUUUCGGUCGUAUCUUGUAACAUAAAUUUAUUCAAAAAGGUUCAACAGACGAAAAUGAAAAUGGUACUCAUACGGUACAAAAACUUUAAACAUAAA